UACUAUUUUAUACUAUUCGAGUACUUUUCCUUUCUCUUUUGCUUGAUAAUGAACCAAAGUUUAAAACAGUCCACAGAUUUUCGGGUCAACAAUCCCUCCGACCUUCUAGAAGCACUUUGACAUUCUUUUUUUUUUCAAAAACUACAGAGAACUACCACACAAAUCUACAGAAAUCAUAUCGCCGUACAAGAGUGGAGUCUUUCGGACUUCAAGUCCAGUGAUUGAUAAUUUCAAGUCCUUCAAGACCAGGCAUUGCGGAGGAUGUUUUUAUCCGCAGAAGAUGCUAGAUGUCUCUAAUGCGUUUCACCUCAGGCCUUGCAAAUACGAUUUUUACGCAAAGUAAAAUUGCUAGAUACUCCCCAUUGCCGAGGUUCAACGACGGUAACCACGUUGUUUACUAACCUUUUACCUGUUCAUUGACUACGUAGUCAUGUACGUCGUAGACAACCCAUGCUAGAGAGGGGCAUAGUGAUAUCAGAGUAAAAAUUUCCAGCCAAACAAACUUCCCCCCGCACCGAUUCCCAUCCUCAACUUGUCCAUAAUAAGGAUCGAAUUAAGUUUUCGGUCUCCACUCGAUGAGCUCAAGCUCCGUUCCUAGAUUAUGAUUAUUAUCAAUCAUGCUUUGAAGACUACCGGUCGUGGAUACUUCAAAAGAAGUCCUGAUCCCCGCUCAAUUCCUUUUAACAAUAUCAAUUGAACAUUUCCACAUCAAAUAUACCCCGUUUACAGUAUAAAACCGUAUUUUCCAUCAACAUACCAUAUCCAAAAUGCCAUCAAACACCGCAAUCGUCGUUCAGAAGCCUGGAGAGGCCAAGGCAGUUGAGGCCUCAAUCCCAAAACUUAGAGAUGAUUACAUCUUGAUCAAGACCAAGGCUGUUGCUUUAAACCCAACUGACUGGAAACACGUUGAGUGGCUUACCAGCAACGGAGCUAGAGUCGGAUGUGACUACGCAGGUGUCGUCGAGGAGGUCGGAAGUGCAGUUACCAAGGACUUCAAGAAGGGCGAUCGCGUAUGCGGUUUCUGCCACGGAGGAAACGAGGUCAAUCACGAUGACGGAGCUUUCGCAAACAUCAUCACUGCAAAGGGUGAUAACCAAAUCAAGAUCCCAGACAACCUCAGCUUCGAAGAAGCCGCUACCCUCGGUGUCGGAAUCACAACCGUCGGCCAAGGUCUCUACCAAUCCCUCCAACUCCCCCUCCCCACCUCCCCCGCCUCGAGCAAAUUCCCCGUCCUCAUCUACGGCGGCUCCACCGCCACCGGCGCCCUCGCUAUCCAAUACGCUAAGCUCUCCGGCCUCACCGUCGUCACCACCGCCUCCCCUCGCAACUUCGCGUACCUCGAAAGCCUCGGUGCCGACAAAGUCUUCGACUACAACUCCCCCACCUGCUCCCAAGACAUCAAAGACUUCACCAACGACAACAUCAAGCACGCCUUCGACUGCAUGUCCGAAGGAUCCAGCACCCAGAUCACCGUCUCCGCCAUGUCCUCCGCCGGCGGCGUCUACAGCACUCUCCUCCCCGUCGCCACCGAAGAAGUCCACAAGUACAACCCCAAGGUCGAGAACAAAUCCACCCUCGGCUACACCUGCCUGGGCGAGAGAUUCACCUUUGGCGCCAACGAAAUCCCCGCCAAGCCCGAGGACUUCGAGUUCGCAAAGACUUUCUGGGAGAUGUCCCGCGGUCUCUUGGCCGAUGGAAAGAUCAAGGUUCACAAGGUCACCCUGAACAAGUUUGGAGAGGGCUUCGAGGGUAUCUUGAGCGGAAUGCAAGCUAUGAAGGAGGGUAAGGUUAGUGGUGAGAAGUUGGUCUAUACUUUGUAAAAUCAGCGAAUCCGGAUGUACAACACUGUAAAUAAAAGAAUGGAGUAGUAUAGUUGUUUGCUCGCUUAUAGAAAGCUGAGCAUAUUUAUAUUAUAGAAUGUUGGAUAUGCUUAAUGA